CAACGACAGAAACCGAUCUAUUUUACUCACGCGCGAGUAUCACGCCAAAGUAUCGUUCAACAUGAGGGCCCUGAUCUGCAUGAUUCUGAUCUCCGCGGCGUUCGCCGCCGAAGAGAAGGCGGUCCAGAAGCGUGGCUUGAUCGGCCUGGGUGACUACGGACUUGGUGGUUAUGGUGGCCUCGAUGGUGGAUAUGGCAAGCUCGGUGGAUAUGGUGGAUACGCUGGACUUGGUGGAUAUGGUGGUCACGGUGUUGCCAUUGCCGUCAAGGAGAAGACCGUCGCUGUUCCCGUCCCAACUCCGGUCCACAUUCCCGUCGAUCGUCCCUACCCCGUUAAGGUUCCGGUUGCCGUUCCGCACCCAGUUCCAGUAGCCGUUCCGGUACCACAACCCUAUCCCGUAAUUCAGACCAAAACGAUCACGGUUCCCGUAGAGAAGCCUGUUCCAGUCCCAGUCCCCGUUAAGGUACCAGUGCAAGUGCCCGCCCCGUACCCCGUCAAGGUUGCUGUCUCCCACCCAGUUCCAGUUCCGGUCGCUGUCAAAGUUCCAGUCGCGGUCCCGCAGCCGGUGGUUGUCAAACAAAGUGUCCCCGUUCUCGUUAAGGGUGGAUAUGGCGGAUAUGAUGGUGGAUAUGGUGGAUAUGGUGGAUACGGUGGAUACGGCCACUAUUAGAUGAAUUUCUCCUCAAAAAAAGUCACAUACACACCCCGCUCCAUCUUAACCUUUCUCCCAGCAUCGCAAAAUCCAUCACGACGAGCGUCUGUUUAAGAGACGCUAUUUUCGUCGUGUAGUACCUUGAACCCAUGAAAUAAAUCAAUUUUGUAAAUGUUUUCGUAAAGAAA